AUGGCAGGAAACACUCCUUACCAGCGCUCAUACGCCUCUUCCUCUUCGCCAGGCAGUGUCCGGACCAGGCUCGGAGCAAACACGCCAGCAAUAUCUCGACGACAAUUGCCGUACAACCAGUACAGUUACUCUGCUCCACGCUCUCAGGGAUAUCAGGGCCUCCCACGGCAAAUGAUGCAGACUGGACCCCGUGAGCCUCGAGGCCCAAGCCCAACAUUGCCCCGAUAUGGCCAGCCGCCGUUUGCACAGUACCCCCCUACCUCUAAUUAUGUGCGGAAAGGUAUUCAAUCAGUAAGCUAUGGGCGGGCCGUUCAAUCUGACGGCGAGCCCACGCAACAGCGUCCUUCAAAAAUGAUCAACAGACGUGAGUUCCAUCCCGAUUUGAGGCGUCGCCGAAAGAACCCAGUUCCUGCUGAAAGCCUCGACACAGGUCCCGAACCAAGCGCAGCUCCAGUCGGCACAUCUGGCCAAAUCCCCAAAACUGUCGGCCCUGCGCACCGAAAUACCGGCAAGCAAAAGGUCGAUGCGGGUGCCAGACGGCCUGUUACUCUAGAAUCAGAGAGCACGGUGGCAAGCCAGCACAUCAGCACUGGAGAUGAGGACGAUGAUUCUCUUUCAGACGCACCGGCGACAGGUCUUUCAGCUGCUGUUAAAGAGGGGGUGGAGAAAGCAUUUGUUAAGGGGUUGCUUGAGGGUCAAGGCGCAGUGUUUUCGGGUAUCGAAAAAGAACUUCGCAGGAGCUGCACUAUUUUCGGAAUAAAUGUGGCUCUGCCUCAAAACAAAACACUCGAGAAAGUCAUCAAAAGCGUGCAGGACGACCUCAGAGAAUUGUUCGAUCGCUCUGGUGCAGAGGUUGCGAACCACCCAGGCGUGAAAUAUACCCGACAAUGGCUCGAGAGAAGAAUCCAAGAGGCUCGGGCAUCAAGUCACGAAGAGCAAGACAUUCGAAGCGACAGAAUCUCAGCCAGCAGCCAAGAGAGAGAUGAAGCGAUUGCAUCGCGGGCCAGUGAGGUCAUAGACGGUAACGAAGCUGAAGCCCAGACUCCCCGAGGUUCUGGAGUGCCCCGAAGUGGCAGACGCAGCAAGGGCAAAUCUUUGGACUACACCAUCCUUGGCGUUCAUGGCGAGUAUAGCCAUGAAGGGAAAAAGUGCCUCUCAUACGAUUGUUCAGACGGACAUAGGCGGAUCAUCAGCCCAACAAUGGUUGAAGAGCGUACACGACAAGCCCGAGCUGCUCCUCCACAUGCUGUCCCGGUUCCAGCCCCUGGCACGCCAUCCCACACUGCAAAACUGACUCCCAAGCGAAAAUACAGUCCAGAAGGUGGCAAUAUCGCUGAUUUGAAGAAAAAGAAGGCUGCUCAUGCGCCGGAGCAAACCAAUCCCAACAGUGCAGCACACGCGAAUGCAGCUCUUCUCUUUGGCAGCACAAAAAGCAAGAUGCAGCAACCAGUGCAGCGUAUUCAAACGACCGUGACAGGAUCCGAUGGUAAGGACUCUAGGUCCAGAGACGAAGCCGACGAAUACUUUGAUUGGGAGAGGUAUGAGUCAAAUCGCAACAGUGCUGCUAAGCAAGCUGCAAGCCCCGCGGACCUGGAGCAAUGCGUUGCAAGAGAGAGCAUGGAGAAAAGCCCGGCAUCAAUGGAAGAGGGAGUACCGGACUACGAGAGUAAAAGAAUUAAAGAGCUUCUACGACUCGACAAGACCAUGCCUAUGAGUGUGAUGAAGGAAUUUAUGCACCCAAGGGCGGGGAGUAAAUACUCUGCUGUUCGAGAAGCAGUGCGGCGUGGGGAUCAUGGUGAUCAGAGCCAUCUACUAUUUCAACAGGACUGCCUUGAGACUGCCAAACAGGAAUACGAGAUGCAUGCCAAUGAGGGUGUCGAAAGCGUGAAGCAGAACCAAUCCGUGGCCAAUGCCGUGCCACAUUACAAUAGGAUACAGACGCACGAAGACGAAGGACCAAGCGCAGCUGAGCGGCGCGGGGCCCCAGAAGAACGACCAGCAGCCGAAGAGCAGCAGGCUGAGCAAGAAAAGCAAGCAGGGGGAGACAAAAGAAAGGGGACUGCUGGAGAAGAAGACACGGCUGGAGGCAUGGUUCCAUCUGGUUGUCAAAAUUCUGUGGCCGCCUUUAUAGGUUGUGACAACUCUCUCGUUGGGGAAUCCCCCUCUUGGAUCGGGAAGGAGUUUCCCGACCUCCUCGACAGCUACCCUGAUGUGUAUGGAGGUGGACAAGACAUCGCGGACUACACCAACCCGGACAUGACGAAGACACAGCCGCUGUUUACAGACAUGAUGGCGGACUUGGCGUGGGACAAUGGUGAGCUCUAUUCCCAACUUGACCGAAAAUAG